AUGCAGGUGCAUCGUCAGCUAGGUAAGCCGCCACCUGAGAGCUCGCGCGUGCAGAAAUGCAAGCCACCGCAGAAUACAACAGCGAUAAACCAAGGAGAACAGAGAAUUCAGCCGACAAAAUCUACGAGGUCGCCGAGGCUCUCGACAACCGUCGAAGCUAAAAAGACAACGCAAAGCAUCGAAAAAGCAGUCGGCCGAUUGUACAGGGAGGGUCUCGACUGCAAAGCAAGUCCCAAAAAUCCACAAAGUCCAUCUGGGCCCACAAAGUCGAUCUUCGGCCCUCAAAGUCCAUCUGGACCAACGAAGCUCAUCUGGGCCAACGCAGAAGCAGCAAAACAGCCGUCGCUACAACCAGACAACCGGAGCCAGCACCAGCCUCCACGCGCAGCACAGUUGUCGGCGCGGACCAGCCGCCGACACGCGCGAGCAGCCAGCCAGCCCCAGCAGCGUAACCAGCAACCAGCAUGGACAGAGUCAUCGCAGUCGCGCUCAGCUUACUAUAAUCGACUGUCCAUUUGGAAGUUCAUCACCAAAGCCCGACAGGACUUCUGGAAGCGGUGGCAUUUGGAAUAUCUCAACGAGCUCCAGCAGCAUCAAAAAUGGCAUGACUCUACUGGAGAACUACGGAAAGGAAUGGUCGUCAUCCUCAUCGAUAAAAAUCAGCCUUGUACGCAGUGGCAGCUGGCAGUCGUUCAAGAGGUGCACCCGGGAACCGACGGACUCGCUCGAGUCGCCACCGUUCGAACUUCACGAGGGACUCUGAAGCGGAACAUCACUCAGCUGUGCCCUCUUCCCACGUCUUCAACGGAAGAAGCUGAAUGAAUUAUAUAUAUUUACACUCACAUACAUACACACUCAAUCACAUGUACAACCGUCGAAUGUACACCCUCUCGAACGAUGAUUUCGUUUGCUCGUGUUACUCGCAACGGGGGGAGAAUGUUCCGUCGAGACCCGAGGUGUAAGUUCCGCCGUGAAAACGGUGUCGAGCGAACUCAGCGAG